AUGGCAAUGUUAAAGCUAUUCUUCCUUUUCAUGCACGUUGUUUCUCUGUUGUGCUUGAAAUCUGGCUCUUCUUUUGUAGCUGGGUUUAUGCAAGGCGUGAACGAGACUGACCGUCUAGCCUUGCUUGCAUUCAAAGCAGCCAUAACCAGUGAUCCCUUUGGAGCUCUGAACUCAUGGAAUGAAUCCACCCACUUUUGUCAAUGGGUUGGUGUAAAAUGUGGCCGCCGACACCAGAGGGUCACCGGGUUGAGGAUUGAUCAUAAGAAACUAUCGGGGUCUGUUUCGCCCCACAUCGGAAACCUGAGCUUUCUCAGGAAUCUAUGGCUUCGCAACAACAGCUUGAGUGGUGAAAUUCCCCCAGAACUCAGCCACUUGCGAAGACUACGAGAAAUAUCAUUGGAGAACAAUACCGUUACUGGUGAAAUUCCCACAAAUCUAUCUAGUUGCUCUAACCUUCUUGUCCUUGAAUUUUCUGGUAAUAGGCUGACAGGGAAUAUUCCUGCUGAGCUCGGUUCUUUGAGUAAGCUCGAGGGGCUGUAUAUUGCGAAAAACAAUCUAGUCGGAGGUUUGCCUUCUACUAGUGGGAAUCUAUCUUCUCUUACAUUUAUUUUUGCAACUGACAAUAAGAUUGGCGGUAAUGUGCCAGAUACUCUUGGUGGGUGGAAAAAAUUGAAAGCUCUUCAAUUAGCGUUGAACAAUUUGGUUGGUACCAUUCCUUUCUCAAUGUAUAAUCUCUCUUCUAUCGAAAUCUUAGAAGUUUCAGAAAACCAAAUUGAAGGCAGCCUUCCCUCAGACCUAGGAAUUACUCUUCCUAAUCUCCAAGUCCUAACUCUUGCUAGUAACUUGUUUACUGGUUCCAUUCCUAUCACAAUAUCCAAUGCCACCAAACUAGCUUACCUGUUCUUGGGGCGAAACAAAUUUAUAGGAAAAGUCCCUUCUUUGAAAAAUCUGCCUGAUCUUAAGAGUAUAGUGGAUGACUUGAGCUUUCUUGACACUUUGACCAAUGCCACUAGAUUGUCCGUCGUGGGUCUAGCCACCAACAACUUUGGAGGUGUGUUGCCUGAAUAA